AGUAAAUAACAUACAGUGUUCACGUGCGUUUGGUGUGUGGAGGAAUAUUUCCGCAAUGGUUGUCGCCAAAGUAUACAAAAUCGAGAAGUAUUUCGAAGGUGUGCCCAAAGCCACAGACCUCAAGAUCAUCGAGGAGCAAUUGCCUCCAAUAAAGGAUGGAGAGUUCCUGGCAGAAGCGGCGUAUCUCAGCGUCGACCCUUACAUGAGGGCGUACAAUAAAAGACUAAAACUGGGCACCACAAUGAUUGGGGGUCAAGUGGCGAAGAUAACCGAGAGCAAAAAUCCCAAUUAUCCGGUAGGAAAAUAUGUGGUGGGUAACUUCGGCUGGAGGACUCACACGGUACACAACGGGGCGCCGUCUAUCGAAGGGGUGGCACCGUACGUCGUCGACUUCGGUAAACUACCCCCUUCGUACGGGCUGGGAGUGCUUGGCAUGCCCGGGAACACAGCCUAUUUUGGCUUUUUGGAGAUCUGCCAGCCCAAAUCCGGUGAAACGGUGGUAGUUUCCGGUGCUGCCGGAGCCGUUGGAAGUCUGGUGGGCCAAAUCGCCAAAAUUAAAGGGUGCAGAGUCAUUGGAAUUGCUGGAUCAGAAGAAAAGGGGAAAUGGUUGGUCAACGAUUUGAAAUUUGACGCCUUUAUCAAUUAUAAAACUCAAAACGUUGAUGAAGAGUUGAAGAAGGCAGCACCAAAGGGUGUUGACUGCUACUUUGACAACGUUGGAGGUGAAAUAAGUUAUGCAGUGUUGAGCAACAUGAACUUGUUUGGCAGAAUUUCUCUUUGUGGUGUUAUUUCCAACUACAACGACAUCACACCCACCAAAGUUACCCCAAUUCAGUUCCCGAUUCUUUUCAAUCAACUCAAGAUGGAGGGCUUCAUUGUGUCCAGAUGGGCCAACCGAUGGAUGGAAGGAAUAAGUCAAAACAAGAAGUGGAUUGAGGAAGGCAAAUUGCAGGUUCAAGAAACUGUAACAGAAGGUUUCGACAAUAUGUUCAAGGCCUUUGUGGAAAUGCUUGAAGGGAAGAAUGUUGGAAAAGCUGUUGUUAAAGUUUAAGUUGUUUAAUAUAAGUAUUACUGUUAGAAUCAUACAUAUCAUUAAUAAAUAAAGUUAAAUUAUUUUACAAAAUA